ACUCCCGGGUGUCCCGUAUUCCCUUUGUCUCAAUGGACUCUCCUCCUCGAAGGGAGAGCGCCAGAUCUUGAAAAAGUCUUAUCGGGACACUAUUCCACUUCCAUUGAUCCAAAACAAUCUCAACCCCUCGGAAAGGGUUUCGAAAUCACCUUGUCGCAACCUACCACAACUCACAAAGUUAAAACUUACGGAGACUGGAGUAUUGCCACGGAUCUCUGGGUUGAGGCGCUCUCUUUCAUCAUGCCCUGGAAAGAGUCAGAGUUACGAGGAUACAAAAGAUACAUGUCCGGUUUUUUUGUUGAUGUCCACUACAAUCUCCACUCCCGAAUCCUCAACUUUGAUAAAGCAUGUCGCCUCAAAAUUGAAGGUCAAAAGUACUUACAGUUCAAUGCCAUCACCGAGUUCCGUCGACUUGAAGUCUCUCACCUCUCGUCGCUCGGAAUGGUCGCAUUCUCUGACCUUCAACAAUUAUCCUCCUCCUCCUUCUCAGGUGAGAAAUCAUUUGGAAAGGGAGGAGGAACAGGGAGGAAGUCGUCACGCUCAGAAUCGUCCGGACGUGGAGAACCUUGUCACAACUGGAACCGCAGGGCUUGUGAUAAAGCCACCAACGAGUGUCCCCGGUUCCACGUCUGCAGCAAGUGUCGAGGAGGUCACAAACGGGGAGAAUGUCCCCUGGCAAAGAAUUCUAAAUGA